AUGUCAUCACGUACACAAGAAGAAGAACAUAAUAGGGAGGAUACAGCGGCAUCUAUCCUUCCAUUAGGAAAAUAUCUAAAGGAAAAUGAAAUCGAAUAUGAAUUUGGCGGGCCACUUGGAGUGUUUACAAUGAUGGUUGGAUUCACAGCGUUGAUGUAUUACAUGUGGAUAAGUGCAGAGUUCUUUGAUGGUCAUUUUGCAGCUCCACGUAAGGGCCAAGGGUGGAUUGGAUUUUUUAAUGAGGUUAGUGAAAUCUUGAGAACCAAGGCGGUGCCAGAUAGACAUUCUUGGACUGCAUCUGGUGUGUUUUGGGCAGUACAAGCAAUAUUAUACUACAUUUUGCCUGGAGUUUGGACCAAGGGUCAGUGCUUGGCGCAUAUGAAGAACAAACAAUUGCCUUACUUUUGUAACGCCUUUUGGAGUUUCUAUACUAGUUGCGCCAUCGCUUUGGUACUUCAUUACAGUGGCGUAUACAAACUCUAUACGAUCCUUGACCGAUUCGGAGAGAUGAUGACUUGUGCAGUUAUAGCAGGAUACGCAUUUUCUCUUGGAUUAUACGUAUGGACACUCUAUGUUAGUCAUGACUAUCAUAGGAUGACUGGUAAUCAUGUGUACGAUUUCUUUAUGGGAGCACCCUUAAAUCCUCGGUGGGGUAUUUUGGAUUUGAAGAUGUUCUUUGAAGUCCGGUUGCCAUGGUUUUUAUUAUUCUUUAUGACUCUUGGAGCCAGUUUGAAGCAAUAUGAAACAUACGGGUACUUGACUCCGCAAAUGGGAUUACUACUUCUUGCACAUUGGCUCUAUGCUAAUGCAUGUGCGAAGGGCGAAGAAUUGAUCCCUCCCACUUGGGAUAUGGCUUAUGAGAAGUUUGGAUUCAUGCUCAUCUUCUGGAAUAUUGCUGGUGUGCCAUACACCUACUGCCAUGGUACACUCUAUCUCUACAAGAACGACCCUUCAAAGUACGCUUGGCCUUGGUACUAUAAUCUCUCGCUCUAUGUUGCGCUUCUCGUCGCUUACUAUUUCUUCGAUACUGCUAACGCCCAGAAGAACGCUUUCCGUAAGCAACUAGCUGGCGAUACCCACAUCCGUAAAACCUUCCCUUACUUACCUAAACAGGUCUUAAAGAAUCCAAAGUUCAUGACCACCAAAAACGGUUCAGUGUUGCUAAUUGACGGAUGGUACACAUAUGCACGCAAAAUACACUACACCGCGGACUGCACACAAGCCAGUGUAUGGGCUUUGGCUAGUAAAUUUAAUACACCAUUCCCAUGGUUCUUCCCAAUUUUCCUUUUCUUAGUUUUAAUCCAUCGCGCAGUGAGGGACCAGAACAAAUGUAAGCGCAAGUAUGGCAGCGACUGGGAUACUUAUUGCAAGCACUGCCCAUAUUUGUUCAUACCAUACAUAUUUUAA